UUUCUUAACACGAAAAUGUAUGUAUAACAUAAAAACAUUUUAUUAUAAAAUAUAUAAUAAAAACUAUAGUUUUAGAGAGAGAAAAUUUAAUAUCUCAUAAACUUUGAAACCAGAUUUAGAUUUGAUUUAAUUUCUUUUUUUUUUUUUUUUUUUAAAGCUUGGAAUAAUAGCUUGUUCUAUAAAUCUUAGUCUCUCUCUCUCCCUCUCUCUCUCUCUCUCGAGUUUGAUCACUUUCUCGGGAAAAUUUAAUUUGAUAUUUCUCGAGAAAGAUGAGAGGCGUUAAUGGAGAUUCAAGAGCUUUGAACAACACUUUGGAGACUAUAAGCGCGGCUGCUACUGCGAUCGCUUCAGCUGAGAAUCGUGUUCCUCAAGCUACGGUUCAGAAGAGAAGAUGGGGUGGCUGCUUGAGUAUGUACUGGUGUUUUGGAUUUCACAAGCCCAGAAAACGAAUUGGGCAUGCUGUCUGCGUUCCUGAACCAAUGGCCUCCCGAGUUGAUGCAUCAACAGCGGAAAAUCCAACUCAAGCACCUGCCUUCGUUCUUCCCUUCAUUGCACCUCCCUCCUCCCCUGCAUCUUUCCUUCAAUCAGAACCCCCUUCUGCUGCACAAUCGCCAGUAGGUUUACUUUCUCUUAACUCUAUAUCUGCCAAUAUGUACUCCCCAAGUGGGCCUGCCUCAAUUUUUGCUAUUGGUCCUUAUGCUCAUGAAACCCAGUUAGUCUCGCCUCCUGUCUUCUCGACCUUCACCACUGAGCCAUCGACUGCUCCUUUCACUCCGCCUCCUGAGUCUGUUCACUUAACUACACCUUCCUCACCUGAGGUGCCAUUUGCACAGCUUCUUGAACCAAAUCUCCGAUGUGGUGACGGUGGUCAGAGAUAUCCAUUUUCCCAAUAUGAAUUUCAAUCUUAUCACCUUUAUCCUGGAAGUCCAGUCGGUCACCUGAUCUCACCUAGCUCCGGCAUCUCAGGUUCAGGCACCUCCUCUCCUUUCCCUGAUGGUGAGUUUGCUGCUGGGGUUCCUCAAUUUCCUGAGUUCCGGAGGGGUGAUCCUCCCAAACUGUUGAACCUUGAUAAACUUGCUACCCGUGAGUGGGGGUCAUGUCAAGGUUCUGGAUCUUUGACCCCAGAUACCGUAAGGUCCACUCCUCGCAAUGGUUUUCUUCUGGACCAUAAGACUUCUGAGGUUGCUCUGCAGUCGCCGUCCGAGAAUGAUCUCCAAAAUGACCAGGUUGUUGGGCAUAGAGUCUCGUUUGAGUUAACUGCCGAGGAUGUUGUAAGAUGUGUAGAAAAGAACCCAACAACAUUGACUGAAGCUGUAUCAGAAUCUCUACAGAGUGGGGCAACUGCUGAGAGAGAAGAAACUCCCAGAAAAUUUGAAAAUGUUCAUCAGUGCCGUGUUGGAGAAACAUCCAAUGAGACACCAGAAAAUGGUCCAGCGGAUGUGGAAGUAGCACCACAGCAUCAGAAGCAGCAGUCUAUCACACUAGGUUCUAGCAAAGAAUUUAAUUUUGACAAUGCAGAUGGAGAUUCAUGUGAGCCUAAUCUUGCUUCGGAGUGGUGGGCAAAUGAGAAGGUAAUUGGGAAGGAUACCGGGGCCAUUAAGAAUUGGGCCUUCUUCCCUAUGAUGCAGCCAGGUGUGAGCUAACUAACUAGUAUGCUCAACACUUAUUGUCCCUCCUCCAUGUUUUAUGGAGCAUUAUAGGGAUAACACAACACAACAAAUAAUAGACAGUUUUGGUGUUAUAGAUAGAUGGGAAGGUGUAUUCAAUUGUCUAGCAAAUAGCAUACACAUGAAGGCUGUUUUUUUAGAGUCCUUCGUGACCUAAAAACAGGGGGGAAAAUUGGGGUAUAUUUUGUUUAGUUUUGCAUAGUGUAAUAUAUAAACAUCAGGAAGACGGAUUAACAUCAGUUUUUAGCUCUGUAUCUUCAUCUUUUUCCACAUGUAUUAUAAAUGAAUGGUUGAAUAGUAACAAUAAUGAUGCCACUAAUUAUUUUUUCGCAAUAUUCUUGUACUGCAGAAGUCAA